GUCCGUCCGCCUCGAGACGGUCGUCGGCGUCGCUGAUAUCUUCAUCACGACGACAGGCAACAAGGACAUCAUCAUGACCCACCACAUGGCCAAGAUGAAGAACAACGCCAUCGUCGGUAACAUCGGCCACUUCGACAACGAAAUCGAUAUGCUCGGCUUGGCCAAGGCCACGAAGCGCCAGAACAUCAAGCCCCAGGUCGACCGCUUCGUCUUCCCGGAUGGCCACGGUGUCAUCAUGCUUGCCGAGGGCCGCCUCUUGAACUUGGGCUGCGCCACGGGCCACCCGUCGUUCGUCAUGUCCAACUCGUUCACGAACCAGACGCUCGCCCAGAUCGAGCUCUGGAAGGAGAAGGACUCGGGCAAGUAUGAGACCGGCAAGGUGUACGUCCUCCCCAAGCACCUCGACGAGAAGGUCGCCCGCCUCCACUUGGCCAACCUCGGCGUCGAGCUUACGGUCCUCUCGAAGGAACAGGCUGACUACAUUGGCGUCAACGUCGCCGGCCCCUUCAAGCCGGAGACCUACCGCUACUAAGUUGCCUCGUGUUUUGUAAUACU